AUGACGACUACAAGAAAAUUACGAUGUUGGGAAAUAUUGCUUAUCCUGUUGUCUACUGUUCUGGUAUCAAGAUCCGAAGUUAACGUAGCCUUAUUGAAGAGAGCUGAGCAGAGCAGCAAUGUUAGAGUUAACUGGGUAGCAGGUAACGUUUUGGAUGGCUGUACACAGACAACUAUAGGAUCUGACUGCUGUACACACACAGAUGGUGAUGGUCAAAAACAGGCUUGGUGGCGUGUAGACUUGAGUGAGCUGAUUACAAUCAAUAGGAUCACUAUAUAUUACAGAGGUGGUUUUCAACACAGAUUUGCUGGGUAUCAGCUCUACUUGUCUAACACCACCGAUAGCCCUACACAAGGUGUCCUUUGUUAUGAGGACAAGAGUAGUACUAAAGCUCAGGUACAGUUGUUGGUGACACAUCAGUGCCCGUAUGUAGCUCGGUAUGUGACCGUCUACAACUAUAGAAACAACACCAAACGCUACCCUUGGUAUGAUAAUUAUGCCAUUCUCGAGUUAUGUGAGGUGCAGGUAUUUGGAUGUCACGUAGGGCAGUACGGUGAUGGUGACUGUAACAGCAGUUGCCUCGGAAACUGUUAUGGCGGUAACUGUAACUCUACAACCGGAUCCUGCUUUUAUUGUUUUCCGGGAAAGUAUGGCGAUUACUGUAACAACGAUUGCUCCACGAAGUGUAAAGACAGCAUGUGUGAGGACGACGGAUAUUGUUUUGAAUGUUUUCCUGGAAAGUAUGGUUAUUACUGUAACAGCGAUUGCUCCACGAAUUGUAAAGACAGCAUUUGUGAGAAAGACACAGGAUAUUGUUCUGCAUGUGAUCCGGGUAUUUAUGGGAAUAGCUGUAACCAGAAAUGUUCCAGUAACUGUAAAGACAACACUUGUGUACAAGGGAAUGGAUUCUGCAAAGGCUGCGAAAACGGGUUUUUCGGUCCCGAAUGCAACCCCUGUUCGACUGGCUGUGCCAAUCCCACCUGCAACAAAUCAUUUGGAAAUUGUAGUCGAUGUAAUGCAGGAUUCCAUGGCAACAAGUGUGAUCAGAGUUGUCCUGCUAACUGUAAAGACCAACUGUGUAUACAGAACUCUGGAGACUGUACAGGAUGUAAAGAUGGAUAUUUCACCGACCACUGUGAUAGGAGCUGUCCGUCCUCCUGUACGACAGACGUUUGUGAUUUGAUUACAGGUUACUGUUUGGCCCCUGCACAGCCUACACAGCCAGGCAGUUUUAAUAUAGCCGCAGCUGGAAUAGGGAUCACAUCAGGAUUGGUUAUUCUGGCUCUGGUCGUAUUGGUCAUCAUAUUGGUCAGACGUCUCUCAAGAUACAAACGCGACAAUAUGAAUUCAACUCAUAUGACAGAUUUGUCUCAGUCUGUGAGGCGAGAAGAGUUACAGAAAAACACAGAAGGCACAUACGACGAAAUAGGAUCCCACACCAUGACACAACCUACCGAGACGAACAGAACCGAUGCAAAUUAUGAACAACUGAAUGCGUUGGAGAGAGAGCCCUCACAUGUUUAUGAGACUGCCUAGACGGUUGUUUAACAAAUUAGGGAACAAAAGAAGGCACAUACGACGAAAUAGGAUCCCAUACCAAGACACAACCUACCGAGACGAACAGAACCGAUACA